AUGUUUGGAUUGACUGCCACGGACAAUCCCACACAAGCGAGCAACGAAUUGUAUGUUCGAGAUAAGUGCACCACCUGUUGCCGAGUACUUUUGGCCACACAAUGGAAUUACGAUAAAAACAAGGCAUUUACUGAAGACGAUUAUAAAAAGGGUGAUUCAAGAUACUUUGUGAUGGACAUGGAGUUUGAUAAUAUUAACGAAGUAAGAAGACCAGCUGGAAAUUAUGAACAAGUCAUUCCUUUGAGACCACUUGUUGAAGGUAAAACAUUCCAAUUCUUUGAAUUUGCGGCUUAUAAGAUGUACACCUCUUUUGUGUAUCCAAAGAGAGUCCAUGACAUUAGAGGAGGUGCAAAUGUAAAUUCAAGACUUAUCAUCUGGUCGAGAAAUCCACCACUUUCGAAUGCCCCGGGUACUGUUAACCAGAGAUUUGUCUAUGUCCACGCGUAUGACGAAAGCUUCUACACUUCGACUUUUGAGAAGAGAUGGAGAGCUUACAAGUACCACUUCUUCUUGCCUUUCAAUACCGCAAAAGAUUUGUGCUAUGAAAGCUGUAUUGGCAGCGAUUUUGCGUCGUGGGCCGGACAGGCUCAAUUCAAAAACACUCCAAACUUCCAUCAAAUCAAAGCGGCUGUUUGUGUUGCAUCGGACUCAAAACAAAUGUUUACCCCAGUCUUUGCUUAA